AUGAAGACAAUCUUCCUUCUACUUCUUCUAUUCGUUUGCGCAAAUGCCAGCUUGCUUGACUGGAAAAAAGUGAAUAAACUCAGAAAGACACUGGCUAAGCUGGAAGCGCACCUGGAUGUAGCUCGCUUACUUGCGAUUCGUGAGAGGCUUGAAAGUCAUCUCAAGGUGCCAGAAAUGAAUCCUCAACAGCAAGCUCUUCUGAAACAAAGACUGAAGGAAAUAAAACCCGCCAAAGUGGCAAAAAGUGACUCAAUUGCGGAAGUAAAUGAGGAAAGUGGUAUAUCGGAAAUUCUCUACCAAGGAGAUAUGGUCUUGACUGAGGAACAAGCAGAAGAGCUGAUUAAGCAAGAGGAUGGUGCGCGAGAACGAAGACAGGCUUAUGUAGAUAAAAAAUACAAGUGGCCUGGCAAACUAUACUUUUCUUUCUACCCGAAUACAAAAACCAAAACAAAGGCUGCCGCUCGAAAAGGUGCAAAGCUAUGGCACGAUAACACAUGCGUCGAUAUGAUUGAAAACAGCAAAGUUUCUGAACGAGUAGCAAUUUUCGAAGGAUUGGGAUGCUACUCUUAUGUUGGAAACUUACACCGAUUGCAAAACCUUUCCCUAGGUAGAGAUUGUGAACGGUACUGGAUAGCUGCGCAUGAACUCGGCCAUGCUCUUGGGUUGAAACAUGUCCAAGCGAGGUACGACCGUGACAAGUAUGUCAAAAUCAAUGUGGGAAACAUUCCUGAAGACAAACGCUACACUUUUGCCAAGACAUCUAAGGAAGAAUUCAGCACCUAUAAUAUACCCUAUGAUUUUGGUAGCAGGAUGCACUAUGGGGCAUACGAUUUUGCAGCGAACCAGUCAAAACCAACUAUUAUUCCUCACGACGGAAAUUUCCUUCAUUCAAUGGGUUCACCGUUUCUAAGUUUUUAUGACUUCCUUCUAAUGAACACACACUACGGUUGUCUUGAGAAGUGCAAGUCUAAAUCCUCCGCUGCCAAAUGCACAAAUGGUGGUUACCCGAAUCCUCGAAAUUGCUCCAAAUGCAUUUGUCCGCGUGGAUACGGCGGUGUUACAUGCAAUGAAAGGCCACAAGCGAAGACUUGCGGUAAGACCGUUACUGCUUCGUCUAAGAUGCAGACCAUCACACACAUUUUGGGUAACAAAAAAAACACAACAGUACUUGAUGACUUUAAGCAAUGCUACUAUUGGAUCAAGAAUCCGCAAAAGAAGAAAGUCAAACUAACAAUCAAUGACCUUGGAGUUCGAUAUGUUAAUGUUAAUUGCAAUUAUGGAGGAGUUGAAAUCAAAGCGCAAGAGGAUCAGAAACUGAGUGGCUACAGAUUCUGUGAUUACAAAGAAAAUAAGGGAAAGGUCGUUACCUCAUCAAGCAAGAUUAUUCCUGUCAUACUUUACACCCGUUUUGGGGCGACAGAACUCAAGCUAAACUAUAAGAUAGUUUGAGAAGUGGAGCAACAGAGCAUUCUUAUCACUUCACCGUAACACUAUCAACUUCUGCAAUAAAUGUUCUCAUGCAA